UCAAAACACACUGUAGCUUCAUAGUCUCAUCAUUCCGAUAGUUCAUUCUCGUUGAAUAAACAGCACCCAAAGAGAAACAAAAAUGUGUUCAGAACAUGAGUGCGGAAUUUGUUACAGAAGCUACAACACGGAUCGUCGGUGUCCUCGUGAGUUACAGUGUAAGCACAGCUUUUGUGAGAGCUGUAUCGUGACUCUUUCUCGACCCUCGGUAUGUGAAGUGGAAUCCAGGAAGGAAUGUUCGCGGCAGGACAAGACAAUUGUUUGCCCACUGUGCCGGUACACAACGUCGGUCUCGGGUAAAGUGAGGGCAGCGCUUCGGGUAGACGAAGGUAUUCUUGAGCGCAUGGUGUUAUCUGGCGUACUAAGCAUGACAGACGACGAGGAGGAUAGUGAAGAUGAUGAGACUUCUCAGGAGAACUCAGCCGAGGAAAGGGACUCAUCUUCGGGUUCCAUAGUUGGAAGGUUCCGCUGUUCGCUGAGGCGCGUCUGGGGCAAAUUAACUCGGAAUCAUGACCAACGGAGAGCGGAUUGUAUGACUGAUGAGGACCUACGAGACCUUGCCAUGAUGUCAUGCUACAUCAUUUGAUGAGGACUUCGUUGGAAAAAAAGUAAACAGCUGCUGCUGCACCUGAUUGAUCAGAGAGGGCGUUGCUGUCCACGAGCCUACGCUACAGUAUUUAGAAUGUAGAAGACUGGCGGGUCCAGUUGGACCAAGCAAGAAUAUAGCCUCUUCGCACCGGGAGACCUGUACACGUUGAUCUCCCGUUGCUGAAGGCGACAUCCCUUACCCCGAAUAACAUAUUUACCAGCCCUCCGGUUUAUUUACGAGAAACUUUACCCGUCACUGAAGGCAAUUCUAUAAUCCUAUUUACCUGUCGGUACGGGCUGUACAAUGUGUGAACUAUGGUAAAAAAGUAUGUUUAAAUAUACAUUUUAUGAAGCUCACUCCCUACUCCCUACCAGUUUUCCACGUGAUUUUACCAUGUGAUCCUAGAUUGCAGCACACCAUUAGGAAGAUAGGAUGUGAAUUUGGUCAAUUUGAGGAAAGUUGUUUUUUUUCUCCACACAUUGUAAAAAGAAACACACAUUGUAAGAAUAAACUAGCAGGAAUAUAGCGUUGUUUACACAGGCAGCCCAAUUCUGAGUUUAUUUGAACUAAUUGGUCUUUUAACCAAUCUCAUCAGAUCUUUUCACAUCAGAUCUUUUCCAGAGCUGAUCUGAUUGGUCAAAAGACCCAUUAUUGGGGAAACAAAAUAUCAGAAUUGGGCUGCCUGUGAAUUCUAUAAUAGCCAACUAGGCCUAAAUGUCAAUUUCUUCUCACUUGCAUGUCAUAAUUUGGUGGUGACCAAACAUAAACACAAUGGUAAAACAGAAUUGUAAAGGCCGAAAAUGACAAGACCAUAUAUAGGCUUUUCUCUGAAGCCAUGAGGCUACCGAAUGAAAUGUUUUUGUAUGAAAUUGUCUUUGGUGCUUUGAAGUAGCCUAUUUUAUUUAACCUUUAUUUAACUAGGCAAGUCAGUUAAGAACAAAUUCUUAUUUACAAUGAUGGCCUACCCAGGCCAAACCCUAUGACUUUCCAUUUCCAACGAUUAGAAUAUGUAUUUAAUAUUGUUGGUGCUAAGUUCACAAGCACAAACUUAAUAUAAUUCAAUAUGUAAUUCAGUGUAUUUAUUUCACUUUCAUUGAUUGUGCACCUCUUGUAGGCCUACGUUUUUUUGUAAUAAAAGCAUAUAGGCAUACCAAUA